AUGUCUCGCCGUAAGGAACACAGCGAAAGGAGGGCUCAACAACGUGACCGCGAAAAGCGCAUGACGGUUGACAUUGAAGGGACUCUGAUCUGCCCCCCAGAGACAGCGCUGCAUCUGCAGCAGCAGUUGCUGCAGCAGCAACUGGUUCAGCAACAGCUGGAGGACCUGCAACACCACCAUCACCACCAUCUCCUGCACCCCCCCCCAGGGAUCCACUGCGGGCUGCCACACCUGCAUCACCCUCAGUGCGCUCAUGCUGGAAAGCUGGCGGAUGGAUACGCGCCAGGCGGAAUACAUGGGCCUCUUGCCAUCCCUCACCCGCCCCCAUUCGCGUGCCACGCACACAGCAUGCAUUUCUUGCCCCCAGCUUUCGACAAGCCGGAGCCACAACGCGCCUAUGCUGAAAUGCUGCCUCAGCAUCUUGCAGCAGCACACCUAGCAGCCCCCGAGCCUGUGCAUUACGCCGGUCCGGGCGCAGCAUCGGCUGCACCCCCAGCCACCCCAAACAUGGGGGUGCAGGGUGUUUUGCAGUACGGUCCAUCAGUGGCAAUGGCGCUGCCUUCCUAUGGGAGUGCGCACCUGCUGCAGCAGCAACAGCCCAUUGUGAUACAGCAGUCAGCAAAUCCUUACGGGAUGGCACUGCCGCAGCAACACGCUGUGAUGCUGCAGUCACCAGCUACCCACUCUGCGGCAUUCGCAGGACUGCAGCAGCCAAUGAUCAUCUUGGGGACGUCCAGCGCACCCGUUGUGCUGCAGCCGCAGCAGCCACCAGUAUUUCGCCGACAGCCCUCAAAGCAGCAAGGCGGCAGCCCACACGGCAUCGCAUGUAGCGGGGUUUUGCUGGGGAAUUGUACAAGCCACGACACACUUUCUAAGGUACUGAGAGAACAUGGAGGUUGUGGGGAGAUGUUGAAUGACUUUUUAUUGAGUGUAUCUUCGAGCGGGAGUGAAAUGUCUCCCUGGCUGAGCUUACCCGGUCUACUCUGUGUAGUUGAAAAGUCGGUAGGGCAUAUGGGCAGUUACUGGCUGUUGCGGCUACAAAUGAAGGCGGAGCCAGAUGCCCCUUUUGCCGCUUGCAGCUCACACACCCUGCACACACCCCCAGGAACUGCAGGGGGAAAUUGCAGUGUAAGCUAA